GAUGUAGAGGAUAGUUACUAGAAGUAGAUGCUCAAAACAGAAGCUUAAUUUUCCAACUUGUACCGUUAUGUGUUGACGUAAGUGUACGUAUAAAAGCUGUGAAUAUUGAAGCAAUUUUUGUUUGACGAUCGAUGUUGAGGCGAAACAAUGAGAUUUGAAAUUUGCUAACCCUAAUACAGUGAAACUAAAUCAAAUCAGUUUUUUUGGAAUAAGCUUCACCAAUCAUGACGGUUAGCAACUUAAUGGAAGGCACUGUCCGAGUAUCAUCUCAAUUCUUAAGAAGAUAGGCAAACUUGAUGAUGUUAAAUGUCGCCUGUGUGGCAUCGAAAGCGAAUCUUCAGAACAUCUACUCGAUUGCGUAUCUUCGGUAAGGGACACAUAGAACCUACCGAAAUUUGGAGGGAAAGUCCCAGUGAGGUGAUAAACUUCAUAUGAAUGGCGUUGCCUAACUGGGAUAAAUGUGCAAUGUAGCAAGGACAUCAACAUGCCAAAUAGUGAUGUACCUGCUCGUACGCACUAAGAGUAAGUUGAAGCAUACCACAAUAGAUCAAACAAUGGUCGCAGUGGUUCAGUCUAAUGGAAAAGUUUGAAUCUGUGCGGAUAAUGCACAGCCUAUCGAACAGAACCUUGCCGUUAUCCUUAUCUUCCUAUGUCCAAUUUUGAUCACGAUUCUGUCACUGGGGACAGAUGAAUCGUAGGAAAUCGAUGAAUCCUCUUAAAUCCAAAGAAAGUGAAGAUAGCCGCUGCGAUUGUGAUCGCGCCUUCGGAUCAAUAACUUACAUGAAUGUCAUCAUCCGAUCCAAUGAAGCAUGAAAUGAAGUAAAGGUGGACCCUACUAAAUCAGUUCGUCUUGUUGUGGGUACAUCAAACAUGCUUAAAGGAUGCUUGCACCCACAGAAUAAAUUUAUGGACUGCCUUAAAAGGAAGCUCUUGUGGUAUGUGUAUUUAUGGUUCAAUCUUUGAGAGCCCUGAUAUUGCUCUUUAUGAUCCACAAUCCAAUGGCUCAGCGACGUAAUUCGUGGACAAAUCGAGCAACGAAAGUCGUUCGUAAGGAGAAGAACUGGACUCACUUUUUUACAAAUAGGAUGCUCUACACCACCUAUGAUUUAAAUCCUAAACCUUCAGUAGAAUUGAUGUUAAGUUGACCACUUAAUACCAUUUCUGCUAAGUUCGAAAGAACAGCGGGUACUACUUUCAAUUUUCUUAGAAUACCGAAUUGACGGUUCCAGCAUAUGUUUCGAUUUGAAAGAAGCUGUAAUUCAGUUAAAUCUAAUAAACGAUUUCUCAGAACAUGGAACUAUACAUGAAAAACCGAAUGAAACAUCGAUUAUAAAAGCAAAAAACAAGUCCACUCGAUCCAGUCUAUUUAUAUUGGAACAUGAAAGGUGUUAGAUGUUAUUUGCGAAGCGAUUUAAGCUAUAUUGGAUAAUCAAAUCUGAAGAACUGAAAGCAUGUCAAUCCUGAGGAAUGCUAUAUUAUUUCUUUCGUCCAUAUUCGUCAACCUCUCACCUUUGACUACAAGCUCUGUGGUUCCGAAAUCCAAUAUGCUAACCAUGUAAAGGUUCUCCUUCUAAUAUUGAAUACCAAACAUUGUGGAUAAGGCAUCCAGAGUAUUGGAAUUAAUUGUCCACAUCGUAAAGGACUUCACCGGUGUUUAUUGUCUCAAGAAAUUUACUGUUCACUCGUCCAUUUCGAAAGAGAAAAAUGUUGGAUCACAGAAAUCAAUUGAAUAACUCUAUCACCGCAAAAUUCGUGUUAACCCUUUAUAAGGCAGUGACAACUAUAUUGCCACCAACGAAAAAAAAAGUUUUUGCUGCACCAAGAGUAUUGUUUAUAAAUUUUGCUUAAACACGGACUUUCGAGGAUAUAUUACAAUACUCCAAGUUUUCACAAACUGCUAGAAGUGUGCAAUGUUAAUUUGGGAAUGAUUUUUACAUUUUAUUUACGUUUUACUAAAACUGUUUCGGUUCCUAGCACGAAUUACAAGGCCUUAUAAAGGGUUAAAGUAUGUGUACCCCAACAAGCACAUAGAUAAUCCAGAGUGAAAAUUCUCAGGAAUCCUGAGUCAGGAUACCUAUAUCUCGGUGCCGGAAUCGUGAGAGGAAUCGUUUAUGUGACACUGCCAGAAUCUGUUCGAAUCGUAUAGGUGAGAAGGUUCUCAAGAUACUGACAAAAUCUGCUCGAAUCGCAUGAAUGUAUAGGUUCUCAAGAAUUUCAAUGUAGGAAUCAUAAGGUUUCAUCUUUAAAAGUCUCAAAGCAGUGCCUGAUAUACGAUAACUUUUGUCUGCAGAGCAACAAUAUAUACUGCUUGGCAAAAGCUCACCCGGAUCUGAUUGAGGAAAUAACGAUUUCAAUUAAGUUAUAUGUUCUCAAUCAAGCACAUUAGUUUUGCAUUGAUUCUCUAGGGCUUCUCACAUUGAAAUCGUGGGCGUCCUCGAUAAGAAAUCCUGAAAAGGAAUCCUCAAGACUGCCCAGUCUAUGGGUCUACUUUCAGGUUUACUCUCAAAGUGCCCCGAAACAACUCUCUCCUGGGAAUCCGGCUUUUCGGGAAUAUGUUCCGUUAUUGAGGAAUUUUAUGAUUAUUUAAACAGAAUCUUACAAUUUUUGGUUCAAAGUUCAUGAAAUUACUUUCACAUUUCAUUGGUAUGGUUUUUGGUAUUUUGGUGAUAUGCUCCUGAAAUGGUCCUUCCGGAACAGAUUCUACUGGGGUUUUAUUGGCCAUGUACAAAAAAAACUAAUAAAACAAGGUCAAAUGCCCUUCAAUGUGGGUAUUUUCUGAAUCGGGAUGACGCUCGUAGACCGGGAAAAGACCCAAGACGCUGUUUUGGAUUGAAUUUGCCGUUAUCCGUUUCGGCGCGACAGUUGCCUUAACAAUGAGUGUCUCAGCGCCUCAAUGUAUAGGCUGACUAAUCCAGUUCAAUUGAGUGGAAGACGCGGAAGCUCUCAUGAUGGUUUUUACAAUGCAUCCCGGAUGCAAAACAGGAUACACAGAAAAUCCGUUGCAACUUGAACUCACUAGUUGUUCAUCGCAGUAACUUGUAAACGGAACAGGGCUAACGUUAGAAAAUCUGUUGCAAUCAGAACUCACCUAUUUUUAAUUGUAGUACUUCGUAGGAAACCAAAUGAAGCGUGUCAUAAGGUGGAGGCCCAUAAAUGACCAUCUAUGCGUAUUGAGGAUCAAGGGCAGAUCCUUCAACUACAACCUUAUAAACGGGCACGUACCAAUAAACGAUCAAACCGACGACGUAAAGGAGGAGUUCUACGAGCUCCUUGAGAAAGCAAUGGGAAGAGCUAACUUGUUGUUGGUAGGAAAAGCCUUCACUCUACCACCUACAACAACGGUUUGAUGCUAGUGAACUUCGUUGCGGCCAGGUUCAUGUCUAUUUGUAGUACUUAUUUUGUAGAUCAGAAUAUGCGGAAGCACAUCCCAAUAAAAAGGGCCUGCUCCCAGAUCGACCACGUGCUGAUGAACGGCCGGCACUUUUCAGAGAUCAUCGAUGUGAGGUUUUUUUCGGGGGCCAAACGUUGAACACUAUCUCGUGGUAGGCAAGAAUCGCACCCGGCUGUUCAACAUAUUUGAAUCCAGGUCAAAGAGAAAAAUACGUCUGAACAUCCAAACGCUAUCAGCGAAUGGAAUUGCUGCAGAGUGCACUCGGAAAGUUGAUAGACAGAUCGAUGUGUCCGUUGAGUUAGACCUGAAUGAACAUUGGAAACGCAUCCACGAAACAGUGUGAGGUGAUAGGCAAGGCAGUGCGAACCACACUUGAUGGGUGGUUUAAUACUGAGUAUCUAUAAAAGACAAAAGAAAAGAACAAAUUGUGUGACGCGUCAGAUGUGAGAGAGAUACGCGGAGGCGAAGAAUUGUUUCACCAAGCACGACACGAGAAACUUCUAUAGAGCGAUUAACGGAAUCAGGAUACAGACCAUGUCAGUUCCUGCCAUGUAUAAUAAAUGAGAGGGAAACCUGAUUUUCGAUAAGUCGCAGGUGGCUAGGCGCUGGACAUAGUGUUGAAUGGUCAGGAAGGUAGGAAAGCCGUCAAGGGGAACAGCAGGCGAAUUGGGGAAGAUGGGCAAGCUGUGGAUCCACCGACCUUAGACGACAUGGAAAAAGCUUGCGGAGAGCUGAAUAAAAAACAAAGCCGCUGGGAAGGACGGUUUAGCGGCCGAACUUUUUAGGUCGGGAGCGAGCAGCUGUAUAGUGCUAGCAGCUUAUCCUAAUAGUCAUGAGUGUAGGGUCUGGGGAAAACUACCUGCGGACUGGACUCAUAUGCCCUAUCUAUAAAAAGGAGAGAGACUUUACUGUAGCAACUAUCAAGGUAUAACCCUCCUAUAAUCCUCGCAUAAAAUUAUCUCUCGCACCCUGCUACAGGAAGCCGCGGUUACUAGUGCGGUUUUCAAGCGGGACGAUCUACCACGGACCAGAUUUUCACCUUGCGACAAAUCUUCGAAAAGUUUCGGGAACCCAACUAAGGAUCACAUCAUUUGUUUAUAGACUUCAAGGCGGCGUACGAUUGAGUGAAAUACAACGUAUUGUGGCAGAUUAUGCUUGAACCAGACAUGUCUAAACACACUACCCCACCGCGUAUGUAUUUUCAACAAUGCCACUGAAGGUAUUUUCAUUGCCCUUUAGUGGCAAUACGAAACCAAAACCCACAGUGUUCUAAAUGAAACGCCACAUCGGCAAUUUUGGAAGCCCUCGACCCGAGUGUUUUCAUUUCGUGAAUUCACCUUGGGUGCCCAUUUUGAUAGAUAAUAAACUGUUGUGAUUUUGCUCCAGAAGUACUAUGUCAGAAGAAAAACGUGCUAAGUUUUCAAAGGAUACGGUAAAGGUUAUCACGGUUUACGAGAGAAGGAGAGAGAUCUUUUUUACGGUUUAGUUUAUGUUUGAAACGAUUUAUGGUUGACAAUUUCUAUAAUUCGAAAAGACAUUUACAACUAGUGCAUACUGAGGUGUUUAGCGAAAUGAUUGCAAAUAUCGAAACAAACCAUGACAGUCAUAGAGAAGGCAACGUUAGUCCUGCGAACUCUAGCAGUAAUCUAUAUUAAUGCUCCGCAAACUACUGAAGCUUUGGUAGAGGAAAUUCUUCGGGUACUGAACGAUUUUGAAGUUGAUGCCAUAUUGGAUUACUACCGACAGUAGCGCAAAUUAUUUCAAAGCCGCCAAACUAGUUCGUGAAUCCCAACGAGCAAAUGGCGAUAUCAAUUGUAACUUAGACGAAAAUAUCAAUUACGAUGAUAUUUUGGAAAGGGAAAGAUGCCAAAAUUCAAUUACAAACACUAUUUCGUAUAGCGUGAGAUAGCGCAGCACAUACGUUGAAGCUCUGCAUACACGAUACUAUUAGGAAGCUCAGUUUUGAACCGUUUUUGGACAGGAUUAAAAAACUUUGAGACAGCUUCGAAUGAAACAAUCGCCAUCCCGAAUAACACCCGCCUCAACUGUAUAGCAUGGAACCGCGAUCAGGGCUACGUAGCGGUAGGAGGCGAAGAUGGUUUGCUGAAGGUACUCAAACUGGAGCAAGCAUCGACGGUUCCGGCCCAGACGGGAAAAGCUAUGCAGGCAAGCAACCUGUCCAUGAAUCAAACCCUCGAGGGACACAAAUCGGCCAUCCAGGUUGUAACGUGGAAUGAGUCCCAGCAGAAGCUGACCUCGUCCGACCGGGAUGGGGUGAUUAUGGUUUGGAUGAUGUACAAGGGUUCCUGGUACGAGGAAAUGACCAACGAUCGGAAGAAAUCCACGGUAAGAGGGAUGUCGUGGACUAGUGACGGGCAGAAAAUUUGUAUUGUUUAUGAGGAUGGGACGGUAAUUGUUGGUUCUGUUGAUGGAAACAGGAUAUGGGGAAAAGAGUUGAAAAAUGUAUCACUUACGGGAGUUCAGUGGAGUCCAAAUGGUCGUCUUCUGUUGUUCAGUAUUAAGACUGGAGAAUUGCAAUUAUAUGACAACCAAGGAAUUUUCGUUAUGAAGUUGAACGUUCAGUGUGUCUAUCUGACGCCGUCCAAGAGCAUGACGGUGGUCGGAUUGUGCUGGUACCAUGAUGCAGUUUCCGCUAGCCGACCCGUGCUGGCUAUUUGCUAUGAGAAUGGAAAGAUGCAGAUUAUGAGGAAUGAAAACGAUGAAAGCCCGGUGAUUGUUGAUACCGCCAUGCAAGCGAUAUCCUGCAUGUGGAAUCACGAUGGCACAAUAAUGGCUGUAUGUGGCAUGAAAACUAGUUUUAAUGAAAAGGAGUUUAAUCAAGUUCAGUUCUAUACACCGUACGGCGUGCACAUCAGAACGCUAAAAAUUCCUGGAAAAGAGAUCACGUCACUAUCGUGGGAAGGCAAAUCUUUAAGAAUAGCGCUCUCGGUUGAUUCGUUCAUCUAUUUUGCCAAUAUUCGUCCUGAUUAUACCUGGUGCUACUUUAACAAAACUGUGUGCUAUCUGGAAACAUCGAACGUUGAAGAAACAUCCCUUGUAACCUUUUGGGAUACCAAUUCGAACCAGUGUUAUUCGAAGCACGUAGAUCCGGUUAUCGCGAUUACUGCAACCGCUGACCAUUGUGCUUUGGCUGUCGAAACCAAGAUCAACGCCAAAGAGUUCAGCUUCAUGAGUGACAGCAAAAGCAAGGACUAUAUGUAUCAACUAUUGGUGUGUAAUUCGAUGAGCACUACUGUUGACUCGAAAUACGUCGACCUCAGACCGAACUUAAUCGCAAUGAACUCCAUUCACGUGAUUGUGGCUUCGAAAGAUCAGUUUUUGCUUUGGCAUUAUCACACACCAAAGGGUGCCUCAAGCCUGCACGCCACCGUUAAGGCCAAAAAGGAGAAAAAGUACCACAUCGAUGACACACCCGCCCUAGAUGUGCUGAACGAUUUGGACUCGAACCAUGCGUACGAAAUCCCAUCGAAAAGUGAACCCAGUCAGGAUCCGAUUUGCUGUAUGACCGCGUCCGAGAACUUAUUGCUGAUUGGUCGAGAAUCGGGCAUGAUCCACGAGUACACCUUGCCCCAUUUGGUGCUUCGCAAUCGGCACUAUCUUCAGACACGGGGUUACAAGAUGUCUAUUAACUGUAAUUCAACACGGGCCGCGUUGAUUGACUGCAAUGGGGUGUUAACGACGUUGGUUCUACGAGAGGAUUCCGAUGAUAGCCAACCUCCGGAGGGUAGAAUCGAACGGAAGGACGUUUGGGCGAUCUGUUGGGCACGUGAUAAUCCGCAAUUGUUGGCGAUUAUGGAAAAAACUCGCAUGUACAUCUUAAGAGGAGACGACCCGGAGGAACCGGUAGCGUGCUCUGGGUAUAUUUGUAAUUUUGUGGAUUUGGAGAUCACCGGUGUACUGCUAGAUGAAAUCAUCAAAGGGGGAGCAACACCAAACGUGAAAGAGCACAUCCUUCAAUUACGGGUGAAGUCGUUGCGAGAUACGGAAGAUUUGUUGUCACAUGUUGGUAUCACGGAAGCAAAGCAGUUUAUAGAAGACAAUGCCCAUCCCCGGUUGUGGCGGUUACUGGCGGAAGCUUCAUUGAAAAAGUUGGAUCUAGAAACGGCAGAAGCUGCUUUUGUACGGUGCAGUAACUAUCCGGGGAUUCAGUUGAUUAAAAGGCUGAAGAACAUACAAGUCGAAGCUCUACAAAAGGCAGAAAUUUGUGCCUUCUUUGGAGAAUUCGAUGAAGCAGAAAAGCUGUAUAUUGAUAUCGAUAGGAGAGAUCUGGCAAUAAGCUUGAGACAAACCCUUUGCGAUUGGUUUCGUACGGUUCAGUUGUACAAGAUGGGUCCGGGAAUAUCUGACCAGCAGAUGGAAUUUGCGUGGCGCGAGAUCGGACACCACUUCAUGAACAUGCGAGCUUGGGAAAGCGCUAAAGAGUACUACGACAAAGCACAUUACAUUGAAGGUCUUAUGGAUUCAUUGUAUCACCUCGAGCAAUACGACGAACUGGUAGGUUGUAUGCAUAAACUUUCGGAGAAAAAUCCUCAACUAGCCAAGUUGGGACAGAUGUUGGCCACUGUAGGUAUGUGUGAACAGUCGGUUGCUGCCUAUUUAAAGCUCGGGGACGUGAAAUCGGCUGUCUCAACUUGUAUCGGUCUUCGCCAGUGGGGGUUGGCCGUUGAACUUGCCCAAAAGUACAAAAUGCCUCAGAUCAGUGCCCUUCUCAGCAAGCAUGCAGCACAUCUACUGCAAGAGGGUAAACUUCCGGAGGCGAUCGAACUGCAGAAAAAAGCUGGUAGAUUUCUGGAUGCUGCGAGGCUUUUGGUCAAAAUGGCCGAAAGCGAAGCGGGGAAAAAAUCAAGCUUUCUUAGGAUCAAACAAUUGUACGUUCUGUCUGGAAUGCUUGCUGAAGAACAUAUCGAGAAACAAAUCUCACUAACCGGUGGAAAUAGAGCAUCGGUUUUAUCGCAAAUGAAUCCUGAGGAUUCGAUACUGACGGAAAAUAUUUGGCAUAAUGCGGAAGCUUAUCACUACAUGCUAAUGGCCCAGCGGCAACUGCGAUCCGGCCUUCUUCAUAGUUCUGUAAUUACGGCGUUGCGACUUCGAGAGUAUGAGGAUGUUCUGGAUGUGGAAUCGCUGUACUCGUUACUAGCGUUGACUAGCUGUGCCGAUCGAUCUUUUGGCACUUGCUCGAAAGCUUUCAUCAAACUUGAGGGUCUCGAAUCGAUACCGGAAGCUCGUCGGCAGCAGUAUGAAGAGCUAGCGAUAAGUAUCUUCUCCCGCUAUGAACCCCGGGAUGGCAAAUCGAAGCAUGUCACCUGUUUCACAUGCGAGACUCCGGUUACGGAUUGCAGCACGUUUUGUCCAAAUUGUGGAAGUCAUUUCCCACCCUGCGUUGCAUCGGGUCAGCCGCUAACAAACCCCACCGGGGCUUGGCAGUGCUCGACAUGUCAUCAUGUGGCUAAUCCACUAGAAAUCACAUCACGGAAGUCGUGUCCUCUCUGUCAUAUGUCAAUAAGUGCAAAGGGCAGCGUGGAGGUUUAAAAUUGCUCUAAAACACAGCGUGGUUUUAUUUUACCAGCACAAAAUUAGUAAUAUACUGUUGUCUAAACCGUUCAGUAACCUGUUGGUUGCUAAAAAUUAUUUUAUACUUAAAAUUAUCGAUCACAAAAUUUAGCCUAGAUUCAGUCUUCUUGCUAUUCCGCAUACCCAUAGGUCCACUACGUCCGCGGAACUUAUCGAUAAAUAUUAUUUGUCGAUAGUGCUCUUCAUUUCUGUUAUUUCUUUGAACACUAACACAAACCGCCGCUAGUUCGUUGAUAAACAGGCGGCACUCUUCCGUCGUUUUAUUAUCCACCUGCAAUUGGACCGCUUCACUGUAUCGCACCAGUCCACAGUCUACGGCCUGGCGACCCAUGUUGAACAGUUCAAAGUUUUGUUCAGUAUUGUGCACAAACUGGUCCAGCUCCUUCUGGGUGCUAGCAACUUUCCGAAACAGAUCCAAAUCGACUCGAUUAUUUGCAGCGCUGUCUUCGGCCAUUCGGGCGCAUACGUCGUUGAAGAAAUCGCAAUACACCUUCAGCUGCUUAAUGCACAGGCAGGUAAAAUCCUCCACUCUGUAUGUAACUCCGGGUGCCUGCGGAAAUAGGGAGAGAAAACUUGUUGUAGGUUAUCCAUAGUCCUACGUCAAAUCUACGUUUGUGCACUUAGCAACAAACUCUUCUGCUUUUUCUUUAUGAAAUCUCGUGAUAAAAAUGGAAUGAAAUUUCACAUAAAAUAGAACGUUUCCAAAAUUUUAAACCGAACUGGUUAAUCGAUUGAAACUUACCAUACGAUUAUAAUCUGGCUUGAUGUUUUCAGUCGCCAUUUUAAAUUCUCGUAAGUAGUCGUUAUACACUGGAGCCAAUACGUUUUCCUAGAACAAGUAACAAGUUGAAAGCAUUCGUCUACUAAAAGUUCGGCAAAAUUUAUAAUUACCGCAAGAUAGGAAACGAAUAAAUCACACAUGUUGUCAAGCGCUAUGGAGCUUGUCAAAUCAGGCAAAAUUCGCUCUCGGUGUAGGUCGUAUAUUCCUCUAAAUGAUUCAGGUACAUCACCACCAAGAUAAUAUUCAUAGUUUACCUGCAAAACGUCACAAAAUUGUUGCUGAUUCAGUACUAACGAUCGCUGUAAUUCUCUAAUAUACCUAAAUUGAAAGAAUGGGAAGGUUUUGAACCAGUUUAUAGUAAUCUCUAUUAUAAUAAUACUCACCAUUCAGUGUCUUGUACUUCAGCUACUUUUUGCCUGGUAUUCCCCUUCGAAUCUAGUGUUUCCUGUGAGUGUCUUUGUUUUUCAUUGAUCAAUUCCUCAGCUUGUGAACGGCGGAAUCGUCGGCGCAUCUUUUCUAUGUGAUCCUCAAGAAAUUUCAACUUUGAAAAAGUAUCAAAAUGCACUUCAAUUUUUUGAGUACAACACUUUGAACAGACUUCCAGCUUGAGUGUUUCUUCUAUUGUACAAUUAACUUCACUGUCCAAAUAGUGACCUCUGUAUUCCAGUUUCGCUUUUAUGAUCUCAGUGUACAGUAGAAGAUUUUCGAAAAGAAAGAUUUUGGACUGAUAUCGACGACGCUCGUUGUAGUCAUAGAUUUUUAAUUCGAGAUAGUCUUCUAGUUUUCCUUGGUUUAAUAGAUUUAUCUACAAGAUAAAAAAAUAAAACAUAAACUCGAUGGAUUCCAAAUAGUGACUCAAAACAUACAGGAUCUCUUUGUGCAGCGUUUUUGAACAAUUCAGGUCGCAGGAUUAACGUCAAAGGCAAGUCUUUAUGGUAGUUCAAUUCUAGUGAUCGUCCUGGUUGAUUCUGGACCUCCAGAAAGGGUAGAAUGUCACUCAAAUUUACCGCUGCAUCCGCUAGUUCAAUCAACCGAGAAAGAAGACGUUCAGCCUUGUCCAGAGCUGCUAUGUUUGUACCGUUCCGACUGGCCUCCUUGCCCAUUUCUUUGAGUAGCAAUCUAUACCUUGGCAAUCGUUGGACAGGCUCCAAUAGAAAUUGGGUUAGAUCCGAGUAUGCAUGCUGAGAAUUAAAAAAAAAACCGUCGUUAAAAAUCUGUUGUGAAAGAGGUAGAAGCUUUCAUACUUUAAAGAAGUCUUUAUUGGCAUCGCAAAUCUUCUCAGAUUUAUGCUUAUUUAGAGCGUACAGGACGUAACAGUAGAAGGUACCAUUUUCUAUCAGUUGCAUAAAGGUGAGAGCAAUGUUUUCCGCGUCGUUUCCACAACUUUCCAGUGCAGGCAGAAAGGUGUUGUGAUGCAUAGCUUGAAUGGAUUCGAUGUUCGUAAAGACGUUGUUUUUCUGGAAUCUGAGGCCAUUUGAUAUGUUGUGCUGAUACAUCAGUGGCACCAGUUUGUUUAUGUAAUACUGUAACCUUUCCACGUAUUUCCGUUCGUUUUGAAGAAGCUCCUCGACGGCAUUCCGGGGAUGGUCCGACUCGUCGUUGGAUACCGAAUCGUAAAAUCCCUCCUCAGAGUCACUGUAAGAAGCAAAACUUUCAUUUAGGAAUGCAACAAACUUUCAUUUUGACAUAGAAUACGUUUCACUUUCAUAGGGUGCCAUUCCGAAACAUCAAAAAUAGAGUGAAACGGCAGAAGAAAAGAUUUCAAAUGCUUAGAACUUUGUUACCACUGAACGGGUUUUAGUCAUUGAUAUCUCGUUGGGUAGAGAAAAAUUUCGCUAGUUUAAGGCGGUUAAAAUGCAUAACCAAUUUGAUUAUGGUUCGACCAUUCGCGUGCCCGCAAUGAUGUAAUUAAAACAUUUCCCAGCACUUUGUAAGCGAUUUGUUGCUUUGCUCACUCGAAUGCACAACGACACGCCCACCGGAAGUAUAACCACAGACUAACAUACUCACCACUCUAUGCAAAAUUCCUAAAAAUGUGGUUUCGAUUAAUAUGUGCGACAUCUACUAGACAUACUCUGCAAAAGAUAAACUUUUAUCAUUUCUAGCAACCUUACUCCCAAUGGUCUGUUGGUUUUGGCAGCACGGCGCACGACAACUGUCUACUUAGUUCAGAAGGAAAAAGCACCUCAGCGCAUUCUAUGUAACUGAAAUUCAUGUCUACAUUCCCGUUACGAUUAUGAUGCACUUGAUUUCCAGCGUGGUGAUUAUGAUGCUCUGAAUCUAUUGUUAGAGCAAGUCGAUUGGUCAGAAAUUCAGCGCAGCGAAGAUGUCGACAGUGCCACCGAUUGCUUCAAUCGAAUUCUACUAAAUUGUAUUACUCAAACGGUUCCAUGCCUUGUCUAAUCCCCGUCUUAUUAAACUUCGUCGAAAAUGCUCUGAGCUGCCCGUUUCUUAAACGCUCAUUUCAUGAAGCUAGUCGAAUCUAUCGUGAACACAAUCGCUUUUUGUAUAAACGUUAUGUAAGGCGAAAACAGGAUGAUCUCCGACAUAAUCCUAAAAGGUUCUGGAGUUUGGUGAACUCAAAACGCAAGAAGAGAGGCCUUUCCACUAUUAUGCAUUAAAGCGAUACGAUGUUGAAGCCACAAAUGGCCGACUUCGAGGCACCACUUUGAUUUUUCAAAGGCACAAGACUUGGUAAUAGUUAAUGCCUAUGAAAACGAUAUUUCAUGUUCGCUGCAGUGAGGCAAUCAUAAAAUAGCGUUUUCACUGGGAACGCAUUAUCUAUUCACGAGUCUUGUGCUUCUGAAAAUUCGAAUGUAAUUUUUGCGAAUUAAUAACGACUUGUAUCGGAGCUAUGGAUAACGGUGCACAGAUUCAAUCUGCUGUGUACACUGACAUCAACGCCGCAUUCGACGUUGAAAAAAUUAAGUAUUUAGGUAUUUUGUUGGAUUACCAGCUCUUUUUAGGUCCCACUAGUCGGCAAUAAUUGACAGAGCAAAUCGGUGAAAGUGAUCCACUAAAGCUCCCGCCAUAUGAAAGUCGGUGUGCAUUGCUCGAUAUUGAACAACUUCAUAGCGGACGUGUAAUCACUCAAACAAUUUUUUGGCGCAAAAAUACUUAAGGCUGGAAUCGACGGUGCUAAAUUGAUUAGUCGUAAAGGACUUUAUGCACCCACACGUGUUCUUCGGCCUAGGCAACUCAUUCAAGAUACAAUCAGGAAUACGAGCUAUGGCUCAAAUAACGCUAUAAACAGAAGAUUUCAGGAGGUAUACGAUUUGUUUGAUUUUUACUUGUCAACAGUUACUUUUCGUCAGCGUUUGUGUUCCAUGUUACUUUAAAUUAGAAUAAGAUCAUUUCUCAAAGACCCAGAUGUCCAAUGAUUUUGAAUUAUAAAUGCAAAUACAUACUCCCAGCUGGUCUGGAGGUACGAUGCUGGCCUAACCAGUCAGUCGUCGUAGGUUCGAGUCUCGACUCGGGAGCGACUGUUGUUAGUGUCAGUAAGGACGUUGUGCUAGCCCCGCAAUUGUCCUGUACACUUACCAGUUGGCUGCGAAGUCUGUGUAAAAUAAACAGAAGGUCGAGUUCCGAAUCGGAAUGUAGCUCCAAGGCUUUGCUUAUUACAAAUACAAAAUUUUAAUUGACCGUUUGUUGGUCUGUGAGAUAACCAUUAUUUACUUAUAAAAGCGAUCAACUAGUAGCAAGCAGACUUGCCGCAGGGCAGCAGGCGGUGAUUUUAUAUUUGUAUGGUUAUCUACACGCUCAUUUGAGUGCAACAUUCCAUAGAGGACGGCACCUUGUUUUUUAAUACAUCAAAAUUAUUCAAUUAAUGUUCCGUGGAAUGGGGUGAAAUUGAUCAGUGGGGUGAAGUUGAUCACCUGAAAAUUCGUGCUAAAAAUACUUAUCAAAAGAUACUGAUCCUAAAACACUAGGCAAUGUUUACGUGUCCCAAAAUGUAACUUUUGCAAGAUUCACGUACCUGUUAAAGUUAACCCUUGCAUGCCCGGUGCAGUUUUACAUAUUUUCGAAAAAUUCUUACUCAGUCAAAACUCAAUCAAAUUUGAUCAGACAAGUUUUCGAAUAACAAAAAAAAGUAUUGAAUUUACUUAACUUUAUCCACCAAACGCUCAAAAAAACAAGGCUUUUUUCAUGAUUUUUCCUAAGGACAUUUGAGAUGUAAGGUAUAUAAAUAAUAUAUCAUUGGAUUAAGCAACUCUUGCAGAGUAGAAAAAAAAAAUUAUUGCAAUUUUUGUUACAAAAUGGCGGUUGUGCAGCGAUUGCCGUGAACCGCUUUUUUAAAAAGUUGUUCCACGGCGAGCAGUAGAAGUCGUGCUCAACUCCACCUAUCACCAAAACAAAAAUUUUCUCAUUAUCUACAUAAGUGUCGCUAGUGAAGUACACAUGAUUAUAUUUCUAGAAUUUUUCUUCGCAAAAUGACAAUGGUCUGGAAGAAAAAAUCUUUUUCGACAAAUAAAAAUCGACGUUAUUUGUUUAUAACUUUUGUUGUUGUUAAUCAAUCGCUAUAAUCGUGUGUACGGCACUAGAUAAUCUAAUGAAGAAGCUACAGUUCAAAUUUCAAGUCGAUUGGAUGUGAACUUUUUCAGUGCUACUGCUCGCCCGUUUUGAAAACAUGGUUUUGAGAAAAACGCGUGUAAAGUUUCAAAAUGCUUCAAAUCUUAAGAAUCGCAAUAAUAAAGAGGCCCUAAUAUUUUUUUACCAUUAGUCAGCUAUCCCUGCGCCGUAAAGUUGUCUUUCCUGGGCCUUAUUUGCCUUUUCUUCCUCUUUUGUCUGAUGUAAGGCUGCGCCUAGACUCUUUUGCGAUAUCGGACAUGCGAUGUUCAGCGACUUUGACGCGGUUGGCGUCCGAUCCCACGCAAAACUCGUACAUGUUCGGUCCAACGGUUAACCGAUGAGCACGAUUAUGUAUUGAAGGACAGUUAAAAAUAUCGGCAUCACCGCAGUUUGAACAAGACACAAGAAUCUUGAAGCCUAGUCCACGCUUGCUCGACUGUGAAAACCGCACAUCACUAUUACAUUUUCUACACACUCCCAAUUCAGGAAGGGCAGUAAAUACAGCGAAAAAUGUUGAAACAGUAGCCGAAAUCCUUAUCAACAUCGCGAUCACGGUGUAAAUCAGAAGUGGUACUUCUUCUUUUACUGCCUUUGUGGCCACUGUACACCUCAUAUUUAAGUACUUUUGAAUAGAAAAACUCAAAGAGAGAACGUUCACAACGAGAACGGCUGAUCGACUAAACAAUUGUGAGUAAGCACAUGCAAUAGAGACGCUGUAACGGUCGGAACUUGAUGUAGCGACCUCUAUACUUUAAAUUUGAAACACGAUAUCGAUCAUAGGUAACUAGUUUACAAAUCAGACUAUCGCCAAAUUAAACGAAAAAUGUGAUUAUGGAGCAUAAACGAACGAACUUUGAGUUUAGAUCUGUACUUGGACGAUGUAGAUUUUGAUUCUAAGAUAGUUUUAACAUGAUUUAGGCCAAUAAAAAAAUGGCAAAAAAAAUUUUUUUUGGUGGAUAUUACCCCUUAAAGUAAUUUUAGUUUAGGGUCAAUUACGUUAAAUUACCAUUAAAGUAUUACUGAUGAAUUCGCAGGAAACCACAAAGAUUUAAAUUUCAGGGCUAGUUUUUGAGCUUUUAAAACAAACGGAAUUGAAAUUGAUCUAACGAUGAUCAAAUGAGAGCAAAUUAAGCAAACUGCAGCUCGUGAAUCAGAAUGAAUAAAUUUUAACCUGAAAUAUCGUUAUUUUUGUUUCCAAACUAGCUGCGAUUGAUAUUUUUCAGUUCAGAAAUCAGAAUUUAUUAUGAACAUAUCGAAAAAAGCACAUCUUCUAUAGAAUGUAUGGAUUUCAAGGGUGAUCAAUUUCACCCCGAUUUAUCUCAUGGUACCUUAUAAAAUUCUCGAAUUUAUUUCGCGAAGUAAACGAUGGAAAUUUCACCAAUAGCCAUAAAGGUUUUCUAGAGCACAUACCAGCAUUUGUUUUAAAUAUAUACUCUUUCGGGAAAAAUGUACGUGAAGCUAGUUGAUUGGAAAAUAUUAUAAAAAUUGAUCAAUUUCGAUGGUAGUUAUUACUUUUUUGCCACUCGCCAGAACGUAGCUAAUAGAGAUAAAAACUGGGGAGGAGUGUCGAACCCCUAUAAAAACAUUUUUUGCUCUCAAAACCCUUCGCAUUUCAAAUAUGAUUCCAUCUGCUUGAUUAUUUCUCCAGUUAUGCACAAAUAGGUGUUUCAUUUGUAUAGAAACCCCUCAUUCCAGAGGAGGGUGGGGUAUCGAACCACCAUUGAGAUAUUUCUAGCUCCAAAUGCCAAAUUUUGUUUUAUUUGCUUGAUUAGUUCUGAGGUUAUGCAG